AAUGAAGCAAACCGAAAUUCAAUGUGAUUCCAAAUGUUCAUCUACUAAGAGUGCUAACAAAAACUUGAACGAUUAGUGGUUUCGAACUCCUAAAGCUAAUUAACGCACUAUCACCUUAUAGUCAGAUAACAAAAUUUAGACUUACAGAACCCUUGAUGGUAAACAAACUACAUAACCUUGCACUUCUUUCAAAGAGGAAUUCUAAAAGGUCACUUCCAAGAUAGGUAGUUUUGCUUCGCCUGUUAGUGAUUUCUAGAAUAAAAUGCAUUAUAUUCAAGAACAAUAAAUGCAAGAACUCAAAGUGUUAGACAUGCAAAAUCUGAAUGUUUCCUUGUAGGUACUUUAUGCUACAAGACUUAGCAAGAAAAUUUGAUUUACAAAAAGCAAAUCCAAUUACAGUAGGAUCAAAUUCAAUAAAAGGAUAUCGUCAUUAAGAAAUUAAAAUUGACUAUUUAAUAGUUAACUACUUAUAACUAAUAAAUAUAAUAAAAAAUUGAUAAGCAAUCCAAUUAAGAUUAACAAGAUUACAAAAAGUAAAUCAAACUUCUAGAAAAUGAAUUAGCUGAAAAGAAUUCAAAAAUUACUUAAUUUUCCAAGGUAUUUAUAUUCAUUUUGCAUAUAGUGAAGAUUUAAGAUGAAAUAAAAUCUUUGGAAGAAUUUUAUGUUAGAAUAUUAUCAAAAAUGAAAGGAGAUUUAUUAUCUCAAAAUAGAGAAUUAGUCAAAUUACUUAAUCAUGUUCAAUGUUUAAAUUAAAUUGCCAUUUUUAAUCUUCAAUAAGAUGAUUUGCCUAUUGAUCUAUUAUUCAAAUAUAAAUAAUAUGCUUUAUUUGAAGAUGAUAUGAUAAUGGAUCAAAAAGCAGAAAUGUUUGAAUUGACCAAAGAAAAUAAUAAUAUAUUAUCUAAAAUACAUGAAGAAAUUAAGAAGACUUUUGAUAAAAUAUCUUAUAAUUUAGUUGAUGGCUUUUCUGUUUUAAAUACUUGA